AUGGCUCAUGCGCCCGAGAAGCAAAGAAACGGAAAAAGACUGACGUGUCCACAGCCCUUUGUCGACGACGACCACCCGCUCCAGAGCCUCUUCCCCGCCCGCGUCUGGGCCAUUCGCAUCCCCGUCAUCCUCAUCCUCCUCGCCUCCGCCGUCGUCGGCUCCUUCCUCGGCACCGUCAUGAUCCGAAGCAACAAGAAGAAGGCCGCCAAGGCCAAGGCUGCCGCGAAGAAGAAGGCCUAA